UUGGUUAGUUUUCAAGUAAAAAAUGAAAGAAAUCAUUCAUCGUUAAACACGUUUGAUAUUUCAAUUUUAUUCUUCACUAUUUUAACAACAACAACAACGAAAAAAAUUGAUAAUGAUGUUAGGAAAAAAUUGAUCAACGCGGUAACUAUAUUGAUAUACCUCCAACAUUUUACAUCAUUAUCAUUCAUUCAUUCAUUCAUUUUCUGGUGAUAUAAUUAAUUUAUUCAAAAGUUUCAUCAUCGAAAUCAUGUCAUAUAACAAUGUUAAUAGGUCAUUAUUAUUAUGGCCAACAUUUAUAUUGGCAACAUUACCGAUCACCAAACAAUCAUCAUAUAAUUAUCAUCGAAAAUUUGUAAUUUUAUUAUUAUCAUUUUGUUUGAUAAUUUGUUGUUGUUGUUCAUCAUUAUGUUGGUCUCACAUUCAUUACCAUGAUCAUCAUCAUCAUCAUACUGUUGAUGAAGAAUAUUUAGAUUCAAGAAAAGAAUUGCCUUGUGGACAUAUACCACCUAAACUUAAUCAGAUAAGAUUUGCUCAUAUUGAUGUGGAUAAUAAUGAACAAAAUGAUAAUGAUGAUCAUCAUAUUAUAAAUAAACGAAAUGAACCAAAACAACAACAACGAUAUCAAAAUUUACGAAUUAAAUAUUUUUAUGAUGAAAGUGUUGAAAAAAUUACAAAAGAAAAAUAUUUAAUCAUUGAUAAAGUUGUUUUACCUGAAGCCAUAAACUAUUGGCAACAAGCAUUAUUUGUCAAACCAUUCAAUGUGCCUAUCAAAUUAAAUCGACGAUGCAUACGAGAUAAUCCAGAAUUUUUAGUCAAUCAAGAUUAUUGUAUUGAAGGAUGUGAACAGCAUACAUUUUGUGGUGAAGUUGUUAUACCUGAUGAACAUCUUGAAGAUUGUGUCGUAUGUGAUGAACAUGGUCGAGAUUGUUUACGGCAAAAAACAUCUAGCACAAAUCAUUCGUUAAUCAAUGGUAUAAAUGAUGCUGAUUUUGUUUUCUAUAUUUCAACAUUACAAUCAACACGAUGUGGAAAAGGUAGUACAAUUGCCUAUGCUGCACAUUGUCAACAAGAAACUCAUUUAAAUCGACCAAUAGCUGGACAUGCAAACAUAUGUCCAGAUUCAAUAUCAACUAAACCACAAGAUUUAGAAACAUUAAUUUCAACAUUCAAACAUGAAAUUUUACAUGCACUUGGAUUUUCUGUUUCAUUAUAUGCCUUUUAUCUUGAUCCUAAUGGUUCUAAUCCGACUAUUGAUGCUUUGAAAAAUCAACAAAACAAACAUUCAUUAAAUAAUAAUCGAGGUUUGUUGAAUGGUGGUGGUGGUAGUGGUGGAGGAUCAAUGUUGAUGAUUUCCAAGAAAAUUCUACAACGAGUUCCACGUAAAAAUUGGAUGGUACGAGGUGGAAAUAUAACGAAUAAUGUUUUUGUUAUUUCAACUCCAAAUGUCUUGCGAGAAGUACGUAAUCAUUUUAAUUGUUCAAAAUUAGAAGGAGCUGAAUUAGAAAACCAAGGUGAAGAUGGAACAUUAUUGACUCAUUGGGAAAAACGAUUAUUUGAAAAUGAAGCCAUGACCGGUACUCAUACACAGAAUCCUGUAUAUUCAAGAAUAACAUUAGCUUUAAUGGAAGAUACUGGUUGGUAUAAGGUCAAUUAUAGUCUGGCACAGCCAUUAGAAUGGGGUAGAAAUCUUGGCUGUGAUUUUGCAAUGAAAUCAUGUAAAGAAUGGAUAGAUACUAAACGUCGUCAAGGCAAAUCAAUUCAUCCAUUUUGUGAUCGUGUAAAAAAAGAUCCAUUACAAACUGAAUGUACAGAUAAUAGAGAUUCGGUUGCUUUAUGUAAUCUACGACAAUAUGAUGAAAAAUUGGAUAGAAAAUUUCAGAAUUUUGAUGAUAUAAAAAAUAUUAGCCAUGAUUCUGUUAGCUAUUUUGGUGGUUCAGUUAUUUUGGCCGAUUAUUGUCCUUAUAUACAGGAAUUUACUUGGAAACAGAAUAAUGAAACUGUACGUGGAUCAAAAUGUUCGUAUCCAGAAAAUAAUCCAUCUAUUGAGAAAAAUUUUGCUCUUGAACAUUAUGGCAUUGAUUCUAAAUGUAUGAAUCAUGGUGAUGAAAUGUGGGUUGAACGAACAUGUCAAGAGAUACGACAAUGGCAACAUUGGGGUUCUGGUUGUUAUCAAUAUCGUUGUACGGAAGAUGGUUUUAUUAGCAUUCUAAUUGCAAAUCAUACAUAUAUUUGUUUGUAUGAUAAUCAAGAGAUAAAAAUUCAACUUUUCUAUAAUAAUUGGCUACAUAAAGGUUCAAUUAUUUGUCCAAAAUGUACAGAAUUAUGUUCGAAUUGCAAAAUACUUGAUUCAGAAAAUCUUGAUCGUUUAAAAAAUGUAACUGUUUAUGAUCGUGAUCAUUUAAAAUGCUCAUCAACAACACCGAAAAAUUAUUCCGAUUCAUUUUUUAUUAUUUAUCUAAUUUUAUCUGUGAUAUUCAUCUAUUUUUCAUCAUAAACAUUUCUUUCAUUCCAUUUCUCCGAUUUGAAUGAAUGUAUGGUAUCUUAAUG